AGAGCCGGGAAGCGUGCGGCCUUCGGGGGCUGGAAGGAAAGCGGAACAAGCAAGCGGUUGGUAAUUGAAUGGAAAGAAGGUGGAUGCUUUCAACUUUUUUUUAGAGUGGUCGCUGUUUGGACUUGUAAGGACUUUGAGUAAAAGCGUUCGCACGUUCGCUUUUAUUGAACAUAGUAUUUUUUUUUUUUUGGAACGUAGUUUUAAGACCGAAAACGCUUUGAAGGGUGGAAGCAUUUUAUCUUCUUAAAAAAAAAAAAAAAGAUUUCCUGGAUUUAACAGGACUGGUUUACGCCCUGAGGAAUAAUCAUGAUAUGUUCCCGAACGGUCAGUUUUUAACAAAAUGUGCGCACGCUUGUGAAAGAGAUUUGAUCACUUGGGGCCAAACUAAAUUAGCUUGCAGAUUACCAGCUUUUUUUGUUGUUGUUGUUUAUACAGCUGGACGAAAGCAAAAAAAUUUUCACCAUUUCCUUUAACUUUUGUUCAUUGAAGCAACAAAGGACAGGGAAGAAAACAAGACAUGGAUUUAGAUGCUAUUACAAAAUACUCAGCAUUACAUGCCAAGCCCAAUGGACUCGUUCUUCAGUAUGGGACUGCUGGCUUUCGAACAAAAGCAGAACAUCUUGAUCAUGUCAUGUUUCGCAUGGGAUUAUUGGCUGUCCUGAGAUCAAAACAGACAAAAUCUACAAUAGGAGUCAUGGUAACAGCAUCACAUAAUCCCGAGGAAGACAAUGGGGUAAAAUUGGUUGAUCCUUUGGGUGAAAUGUUGGCACCCUCCUGGGAGGAACAUGCUACCUGUUUGGCAAAUGCUGAGGAACAAGAUAUGCCAAGAGUUUUGAUGGACAUCAGUGUGAAAGCAGCCGUGAAUCUGCAACAAGAUGCCUUCGUAGUGAUUGGUAGAGAUACCAGGCCCAGCAGUGAGAAACUUUCACAGUCUGUAAUAGAUGGUGUGACUGUUUUAGAAGGUCAAUUCCAUGAUUACGGCUUGUUAACGACACCCCAGCUGCACUACAUGGUGUACUGUCGAAAUACCAGUGGCCAAUAUGGAAAGGCAACCAUAGAAGGUUACUGCCAGAAACUCUCUAAAGCCUUUACGGAGCUUACCAAACAGGCUUUCUGCAGUGGAGAUGAAUAUAGAUCACUUAAGGUUGACUGUGCAAAUGGCAUAGGGGCCCUGAAGCUGAGAGAAAUGGAACACUACAUUUCCCAGGAGCUGUCAGUUCAGCUACUUAAUGAUGGGACGAAAGGGAAACUCAACCAUUUAUGUGGGGCUGAUUUUGUGAAAAGUCAUCAAAAGCCUCCACAGGGAAUGGAAAUGAAGCCUAACGAAAGAUGUUGUUCCUUUGAUGGAGAUGCAGACAGAAUUGUUUAUUACUACCUUGAUGUAGAUGGUCACUUUCAUCUCAUAGAUGGAGACAAGAUAGCAACACUAAUUAGCAGCUUCCUUAAAGAGCUCCUAUUGGAGAUUGGAGAAAGUUUGAAUAUUGGUGUUGUACAAACUGCAUAUGCAAAUGGAAGUUCAACACGGUAUCUUGAAGAAGUUAUGAAGGUGCCUGUCUAUUGUACUAAAACUGGUGUAAAACAUUUGCACCACAAAGCUCAAGAGUUUGACAUUGGAGUUUAUUUUGAAGCAAAUGGGCAUGGCACGGUACUGUUUAGUAAAGCUGCUGAAAUAAGGAUAAAACAACUAGCAAAAGAAUUAGAAGAUAAGAAAAGGAAAGCUGCUAAGAUGCUUGAAAAUGUUAUUGAUUUGUUUAAUCAGGCAGCUGGUGAUGCUAUUUCUGACAUGCUGGUGAUUGAGGCAAUCUUGACUCUGAAGGGCUUGACUGUACAACAGUGGGAUGCUCUUUAUAUGGAUCUUCCAAACAGACAGCUCAAAGUUAAGGUUGCAGACAGGCAAGUUAUCAGCACCACUGAUGCUGAAAGACAAGUAGUUACACCUCCAGGCCUACAGGAAGCAAUCAAUGACCUUGUGAAGAAGUACAAGCUUUCCCGAGCUUUUGUCCGGCCUUCUGGUACAGAAGAUAUCGUCCGAGUAUAUGCAGAAGCAGACUCACAGGAAAAUGCAGAUAGCCUUGCACACGCAGUGAGCCUGGCAGUAUUUCAGCUGGCUGGAGGAGUUGGAGAACCACCCCAACCAGGUUUCUGAAGACAAUUUUUAUAUUCAUGAGAAACUGGAUUUUUAAAAAGUUUUUACAAAAUAAUAGUACUCCCAUUAUUGUGACAGGUUCAAACCCAUUUAUAAUCAUAAUGUUUACAGUGCAUCUUACUAGAUUGUGCUUCUAAAACUGAUUAUUUUUCUUAAACACUACCACAGUAAUUGUUUUGAAGUAGGUAAGACUUGUUAAAUUUAGUUUUUAAAAAGCAAAACUUACCUAAUUUCAAUCUCAUUAAUGUAAAGUGGGGCUUCACUCUAUGGUUCAAUUAUCAACUUUAUAAUACAUGCAGGGAAAAUUCACGAGGGCUGCUGGAAAAUUAAACCUUAUUAUCAGCUC